ACUCCCACAACGAUCGGACCAAGUUCUCCCUGCUCCAACAACUCCCAUCAUGCUGUUCCAGCCACAUACUGUCAGAGACUCCCACAAUCAUCGGACUAAAUUCUCCCUGCUCCAACAACUCCUAUCACGCUGUUCCAGCCACAUGCGGACAGAGACUCCCACGCCGAUCAGACCAAGUUCUCCCUGCUCCAACAACUCCCAUCACGCUGUUCCAGCCACACGCA